AUGGACCCAAACCCAAUGCGCGUGCUCGUCAUCGUCUCCCAGCGAAGUGCCCGAUGGAAGAAAGCCCAGAAUCGCGCCGAGGACCUCGUCCCAAGCGCCAUAAGACUGCUUCAGAAUAAAAAUCUCGGCAACCGAUUCCACGCGACAGUUUCCGACGCCAAACUUCUCGCAGUCCAAAAGUGGCGAACCCGCACCUUCAUCGUCUUCGACAUCUGCAACACCGCCUACGACGCAGAGCUGGGCCAUCUCCCCGAGCAGAACCAGCUCCCCGUAGUAGUAGCGCAUUUCAGCAAGAAGCAAUCAGCAUACAUGGCCAACGCAUGGGUCUCCAACAGAGUGAAUCGGGAUAUCGCACUCCUCCAUAACGCCAACGGCUUCGGCGCAGUUCCGCCAUACGUCGAAGAUUGGGGAUUGGGGAAACUGCCUCAGUACCGUCAUCCACGCGACAUGUCUCUGUUAUAG